AAUGUCGACAACCACCAAAAUCAUUAUAGCUUUUCUUCUAUUAUUCUCUGAUUACUUGGCAGUACAUGCUUCAUCUUCCAUUCAUAAAAACCCUUACCUCAACGCCAACACAAUGCCGUCUUCUUUCAACACCGGAGCCUCUUUCUUCGACGCAACAAACCUCCACGUCCCGGCAACAAACACUCCUCAGCUUGCAUGGUUUAAGUCUCUUGGUUUGCAAUCAGUUUAAGGUUGUUCUCUGCGAAUCAACCGAUGUCUGCUUCAUGUGCUGUAACACCGUCUGUUAGGACAGAACUAAGUAAAAGACUCACCUUUCCUGCUCAAACUCGUCGACCAAGGAACAAAUGCGAAAUCAGCAGAAGGGGCUUUGCAGUGAGAGGGAUCGUUGCUUCUGGAGUUUCAGUCAUGGGUUCUCCUCCUCCUUCAGCUGCUUCUCAGCCCAUCCAAGGUGGGGAGAGGUUAGCUUUUAAGCCGGAAGGAUACAACUUUUGGGAAUGGAGAGGUCACAAGAUUCAUUACGUGGUUCAAGGAGAAGGCUUGCCUCUUGUUCUUAUCCAUGGCUUUGGUGCUUCUGUCUUCCACUGGAGGUAUAACAUUCCUGAACUGGCUAAGAAGUACAAAGUGUACGCCUUGGACUUACUCGGUUUCGGAUGGAGUGACAAAGCCCUCAUAGAGUAUGACGCCAUGGUUUGGACUGAUCAAGUUACUGACUUCAUCAAAGAGGUUGUCAAAGAGCCAACCGUUGUGGUUGGAAACAGCCUUGGAGGGUUCACAGCUUUGUCGGUUGCGGUGGGAUUGCCAGAGAAGGUCACAGGAGUUGCGCUUCUCAACUCUGCAGGACAGUUUGCAUCCGAGAGUAGUAAAAAGCAAGAGGAAGAAGCUGAGGAAACCGUGUUAACCAAGUUUGUAGUUAAGCCGCUCAAAGAGGUUUUCCAGCGAGUGGUUCUUGGGUUCUUGUUCUGGCAAGCUAAGCAGCCUUCUCGAAUCGAAUCUGUGUUAAAGAGUGUGUACGUAAACGCUGCUAAUGUUGAUGACUACCUCGUUGAAUCCAUCUCAAAACCUGCAACAGACCCAAAUGCUGGAGAAGUUUACUACAGAUUGAUGACAAGGUUCUUGACGAACCAGAGUAGAUACACUUUAGACAGUGUUCUAAGUAAGAUGACUUGCCCGCUUCUGUUGCUUUGGGGUGAUCUUGACCCGUGGGUUGGUCCUGCUAAAGCCGAGAAGAUCAAAGCGUUUUACUCGAAGUCAUCGCUUGUGCACUUGCAAGCAGGGCAUUGUCCUCAUGACGAAGUCCCUGAAGCUGUAAACAUAGCUUUGUUGGAUUGGUUGUCUAAUGUAGUUACCGAGCCAUCGUCCCCUGAACUCUCAGAGGUGUAAAGACUCUUUUUGCAAAGGAAGUAUAUAGUUGUAAAUACAUUGUUACCAAUACUUCUUGGAUUAUAUACUUUUAAUAUGAUCAGGAUUCUGGUUUUAGAGCAAA